CUCGACACCUGAAGUAUUUGUUCAGGUACAUUUCAGAUCUCCUCAGUGGGCUCGGUUUGACUGGGGUGGAGCUGAACUCUGCAGCCCUACCUGCCCCUGGUUUCCGGGACAGGAAGCCCUCCUUCAGGCGGGGCCGAGUCCUCUGUCUGCUCCCUGCAGCUGCGGAACCAGAGACCCAGAGACCCGGGCUCACACAGGCGUGCAGCCGCUGCGGGACGAGCCAUGCAGGCGUGCGCGUGAAUGUGUGUAUGUGUGUGAGUGUGAGAGGGGAGAGAGAGAAGGAAGGAAAACCACAACCAGAAAGUUUGACUGUGAACACAUCUUGUGUAAAAAAAAAGAGAGGAGCCUCAGAAAGCACCCUGUCAGCCAGAAAGAUGUCCCGGUGUCCAAACAUCCAACUGUCCUCCAUGACUCGGUGCCUGAGCCUCCUCAUGCUGGCUCUGACUACGUUUGGCCAGGAACUACCGUCGAGUCCUCACAGCUGCACAGAGGGAAGCUGUUAUCCCGCAACAGGAAACCUUCUUAUUGGACGAGGCACCAACCUAACCGCCUCCUCCACAUGUGGCCUGCAUGGACCGGAGCAGUAUUGUAUUGUCAGCCAUUUACAGGAGCCUGACAAGUGUUUCGAGUGUGACUCCCGGCAUCCCUACGAGCCGUACCGCCACAGACACAGCCACCGCAUCCAAAACGUGAUCUACCUCAUGGACGGGAAUGAGGACCACACCUGGUGGCAGUCUGUCAAUGGUAAGGAGGACGUAAGCAUCAGACUGAACCUGGAGGCUGAGUUUCACUUCACACAUCUCAUCAUGAAAUUCAAGACUUUCCGGCCUGCAGCGAUGCUCAUUGAGCGCUCAGCUGAUUUUGGACGCACAUGGCGCCCCUACCGUUACUUCGCCUCCAACUGUACCAGAACGUUCCCGGGCAUCCCCGCCAACGGCCUGCACCAAAUAAACGACGUCAUCUGUGAGGAGCGCUACUCCGACAUUGAGCCCUCGACCAACGGAGAGGUUAUUUUUAAAGUUCUGGACCCUGCAAUUCCUGUGGAAGACCCCUACAGCUUGGACAUUCAAGAUCCACGGUCGCUGCGUCUGCAAACACAACACCGAAGGCCUGAACUGCGAGCGCUGCAAAGAUUUCUUCAGAGACUCUCCCUGGAGGCCGGCGGAGGCGGAGGAUCCUCACACCUGCAGAGAGUGUAACUGCAACGAGCACUCCAACCAGUGUCACUUUGACAUGGCGGUGUAUUUGGCAACGGGCAACGCCAGCGGAGGAGUUUGCGACAGCUGUCAGCACAACACGAUAGGACGCAACUGUGAGAUGUGCCGACCGUUCUACUACCAAGACCCCAACAGGGACGUAAAGGACCCGCAUGUUUGUGUUGCCUGUGAUUGUGACCCAGUGGGCUCACUGGAGGGUGGUGUCUGUGACAGCCACACUGACCCAGACAUGGGGAUGAUCAGCGGUCAGUGUCGCUGCAAAGUAAAUGUAAAAGGCGUGCGCUGCGACAGCUGCAAGACGGGUUAUUACGGACUCAGCCAGAUCGAUCCACUCGGCUGCCAGCCUUGCAACUGUGAUCCCCGUGGAAUCAUCAUGAUGGACGCUCCGUGUGAUCAGAUCAGCGGAGACUGCUCCUGUAAACGAUAUGUGACGGGUCGCCACUGCAACCAGUGUCUGCCUGAAUACUGGGGGCUCAGUAAUGACCUGGGGGGCUGCAGACCAUGUGACUGUGACUUUGGUGGAGCCUACAACAACAGGUGCAUGAUGGAUAGUGGGCAGUGUGACUGCAGGAGRCAUUUAAUUGGUCGACAGUGCUCAGAGGUGCAGCCUGGGUAUUUCUGCGCUCCUCUGGACUUCUACAGGUACGAGGCUGAAGAUGCCACAGGACUCCCCCCCAGUGACCCCUCCCUGCCGGGUAAAGUUCGUCCUCAGGCAGCAGACGACUGCAUUCAGCAUCUCAAUAACCAGGCGAGGAGGCACCGGAGACACCGGCGCAUUUCAAGCUCGCAGCAGUAUCAGUCAGCCCUGAGACGCAUCCGUCAGCUCCAGCAAACGCCGGAUGUGACGACUGUAAAUAGGGAGCACACUCCCGGCCACAUCGUGACGUGGACUGGACCCGGGUUUGCUCGGGUCAAAGACAGCGCCGGCUUGGUGUUUACUAUCGACAACAUCCCCUACGCCAUGGAGUACGACAUCAUGAUCCGCUAUGAACCUGAGUCCACAGAAGACUGGGAGGCGGUUGUUAGCAUCACCUCCGUUCAGCUGCCUUCAAGUACCCGAUGUGGAAACCUCCUACCGACUGAGCAGCUCUUCACUGAAACCCUGCUGCACCACAACAGAAUCAUUCACAUGUCCAGACCCUUCUGCUUUGAGCCCAGUAAUCGCUACCUGAUUGCCAUAAGGUUCCAGCGCCACGGAGUCGCACACCGGCACCUAACGGCUUUUAUUCUCAUCGACUCGCUGGUACUGAUUCCUAAAUACACGGAGCUUCCUGGYUUCCACGGUAGCGACCCAGCGUCAGAGAAGCACCGGGAGGACAUGAUCCGCUACACGUGUCUGGAUUCCUUCCUGAUCACGCCCAUGCCCGCUCUGGCUGAAAUGUGCUCCAAGCUCAUCUGUAGCAUCUCGUCCAUCAUCCACGACGGCUCUUUGCCCUGUCAGUGUGACCCUCAGGGCUCCAUCAGCGGCGAGUGUGAGAAGGUCGGAGGUCAGUGUCUCUGUAAAACCAACGUCAUCGGGCGACGCUGCGAUCAGUGCGCACCAGGAACCUACGGCUUUGGAGCAAACGGCUGCGCUGCUUGUAACUGCCACUCUGACGGCUCCGUGAGUCACCAGUGUGACCCAGUCACAGGUCAGUGCCAGUGCAGACAGGGAGCCACCGGACGCCAGUGCUCAGACUGCCAACCAGGCCAUUGGGGCUUCCCCAGCUGCAGCCCCUGUCAAUGCAACGGCCAUGCAGACACCUGUGAGYCCAGGACAGGGGAGUGCAGAGGCUGCAGGGACAGCACCGCGGGACACCACUGUGAUCGGUGCGUGGACGGGUUUUAUGGGAACCCAGUGCUUGGCUCAGGGGACCACUGUCGCCCCUGCCCCUGUCCUGGUGUCCCUGGUUCAAACCACUUUAAUGGACAUUCCUGUCAGACUGACCAAGCCUCUGAUCAGAUCAUAUGCAACUGUAGACAGGGAUACACAGGUCUCCGCUGUGAUCAGUGCGCCCCUGGUUAUUACGGCAACCCGGAGCGCCCCGGAGGUCAGUGUCUGCCCUGCGAGUGCAACAACAACAUCGACCCCCAGGAUCCUGGAUCGUGUGACCCCAGGACCGGCCAGUGUCUGCGGUGCCUGUACCACACCGACGGCCCUUCCUGUUCCCGCUGCAAAAACGGGUAUUUUGGCAACGCUUUGUCCCAGGACUGCAGACGUUGCACCUGUGUGCCCUCUGGCACUGUGGAGUCCUCUUGCAGUGACGGACAGUGUCAGUGCGACCCGCAGACCGGACACUGUCCUUGCAGGGAGAACGUAGUUGGCCUCGGCUGCGACCAGUGCGCCCCCGACCACUGGAACCACGGUCAGGAGCGAGGCUGCGAGCCCUGCAACUGUGACCUUCAACACGCUCUGGGAACUCACUGCAACCUGUUCACAGGUCAGUGCCACUGUCGCCCUGGAUUCGGAGGCAAACACUGCACCGAGUGUGAGCAGCUUCACUGGGGAGACCCACAGGUGGAGUGUCGAGAGUGUAAGUGCCACCCGCUGGGCUCAGAGACGGCCCAGUGCCACCGAGAGACGGGUCGGUGCGAGUGCCGGGCGGGGGCGGAGGGGAGGCACUGCGACCAGUGCGCKCGCGGCUUCACGGGCGUCUUCCCCGGCUGCGUCCAGUGUCACCCGUGCUUCCAGCUGUGGGACGACCACGUGUGCCAGAUCCGGAGGGACUUGGAGCACAUCCAGUACGUGGUGCAGGAGAUGCUGGAGAGCGGGGUCCGGCCGGGAGUCGAGGACGCCCACAUCAAGGAGCUGGAGAGGAAGCUGGAUCAGGUGCGGGAYCUGAUCGGGACGGGGGAUGCAGACAGGAUCCACCAGCUGAUUGGACAGAGCAUCGAUGACCUCAGUACCGAGAUUCUCAUCAUUAACGGACGUCUAACAGACAUUGGCCAAGAGGUAAACGUGACAGCAGGACGGGACGAGGAGUUACAACUCACCCUGAUUGAUUUAGAGAACGAGCUGAGGGACAUUAAUGCCACAGUGGCUCACAAACAGCAGGUGCUGGAGGAAUAUCUCACAUCAGGGUUUGAAGAUCAGUAUGAGAAAAUUAAGAAAUACUACCAGGACUCCAUGGUGCCGUUUCCCGACAGCCUUUUGGAACAGUCGAACAUGACCCGAACACGCACCGAGCAGCUGCUGGACGAACACAAAGACAAGUUCCUCCAGGAUCUGGCUGCUCAGAACCGUUCAUUAAACGAGCUGCAGGAGAAAAAUCAAGACCUUGAUGAGAAAGUUCAACGUCUCAGCCACAAGGUAUGCGGUGGUCACGGGAAUGGCAGCAGCAAUGGCAGCUGCCCUGAGAGUCAGUGCGGYGGCGCAGGGUGCCGUGACAAUCGGRGUAACCCUGUAUGCGGCGGAGAGGGGUGCAACGGGACGACCAGCGCGUCUCUUUCAGCUCUGAACGUGGCCCRGAACGUCUCAGACGGUCUGAAAGCCGCCAACAAGGAGCUGCAGGGCAUCUCCAGGAAGCUCCAGGACAUUGCUGCUCUGACCAGGGAUGUGAAGAACCAGGCGAUGACUGCGCUGGAGAAAGCCCAGAAGAAGAAGGAGUACUUCGAGAAGAACAACAAGAAUUUGAAAGAUUUCAUAAAAACCAUCAAAGACUUCCUCACUGAGGAGGGAGCAGAUCCUGACAGCAUCCAGAAGGUAGCGAUGCAAGUCAUGGAAAUCAAACUGCCCUUCAACAGGACCACCAUGGACAAAAUGAUCAUGGAGAUAAAGGACAGUAUCUCCAACCUCACCAACGUGGAGGGGGUCGUCAAUCAGACCUCUCAGCUCAUCAAAAACACCCAGGAGCUGCUGGAAAAAGCUAAAGAGGCCAAGAACCGAGCUGUGUCGGUGAACGAUCUCAUCAACAACACCAGGCAGGCCCUGAACGUGUCUGAGGAGGCCAUCGAGAAGGCAAGGACCGCCCUGAAGGAGGCCCGCGACAACCUGAACAUCUCACAGAACGCCACCGCGGAGGUGGAAUGGAGACUGCAGCAGCUCGAAGACAAGCAGAUGGACAUCAUGAUGCGUUUGAACAACCUGUCGGUGGGGGUGGAGGCUCUUCGGGACAAGACGGAGAUGAACAGACAGAUGGCGAAGGAYGCCUUAGCUCAAGCUAACAACGCCACUCAGCAAGCUUCCUCGCUGGAAAAGAGCUUCAACAACACGGAGAAACGGUUCAAUGAGCUGAAGAUAAAAGUUGCGUCUCUGGGUCCGGAGUCUGGAGCGCUGGGCAACAUCCACCAGAAGGCCAUGAGUAUGAAGAAGGACGCGGAGGAUCUCCUGAACAAAGCCACGGACGGGAUGAAGCAACUGGACAAUCUGGAGCAGAAGUUCCGCAUCAAUGAGGACCGUAUGCAGAAACAGCACGACGAGCUGGACGACCUGCAGCGAAACGCCACUCUGCUGCGGGACCUGAUCCGAGAAGAGCUGCACAAGUACACCAACUGUUAGUGACCAUGUUACAUUUCACUGUAGUAAUGUUUGGUGAGGUGACUGCAACAGACGAAUGUCGCUUAAAUUUAAAAAAACAAAUAGCUGCUCUGGAGAAACCUCCAUUCUUUCACCAUGUUUCAAGUUUUACCUGCUAAGUGUUAAGUGACACAGCUGCCUUCCUCUGAGCACGUACUGUACAUUUUCACUCCUGAUCAUCAACACUGUGCCGUGUCAUGUUUGUUUUAAAGCUAUUUCAGUGAAUACCUAUGGAGGACGUUUGUUUCAUUGUAUUGACCAUAAUCAUUGGUUUAUGUGAUAUUAUACGGAAUUAAUUGCAGAAUUAUGUUAUCAGAAAGUUACUUUGACCAAAUGUGCUUUUAUUAUGCUGUGUUUUGACAAGAUUACUAUGAUAUAUUGUGUUGCUCGUUAUAUAAAUAUGUGGAAAAUCUUGAUUUUAUUACUUUAUUCAAUUUGAAUUUGUGUUAAGAGAAGAAUAAAUAUGAUAGUUAAUCCAAAUG